CACAGCAAUCCAGCCAUGUCUCCUACAGUCACUUCAGCAAGAACCUACUCUGAGGAACACCUGACUCUCACCAACAAGCUUAGAAAGCCACAGGUGGAGAAGUUACGUAGAGAUCGUAUCAACAGCAGCAUUGAGCAGCUCAAGUCUCUCCUGGGUCCAGAACUCCUCAACCAGCAGCCUGACUCCAAGCUAGAGAAAGCUGACAUCCUGGAGAUGACAGUUUCUUUAUUGAGCCGUCUGCAGCCAAUCAGCUCCUCUUCCUGCUCUGCACCUACCAAUCAGGGUCACUCCAGGUGUGUCCAAGAGAUGGUGCACUUCCUGUCCAAGGAGGAGAUGGAGACAGAGUCCCAGAGAAGACUGUUGAGCCACUUCCAGAGCCAGCAGUCAUCCUCUGAUAAGAACAACAGGGAGACUGACCUGCCUCAGCUGAGCUCCCCAGCCCAGCACAGCAUCAGUAAAGACAAGAGUCCAGUCAACAGCGCCUGGAGGCCCUGGUAG